CGACGGGAAGGCAGAUCCAACUCACAGUCGUCUCCGCAAAGAUACCUCCUUUGAUAGAAAAGCGCAGUUUUUGCUCGUUCUUCGGUUCACCAAGAAAUAUCUGUUUGUACCCACCAUGGCGGACGAUUUCGACAUCUACGCCGAUGACGGUUUGGGAGGCACUGGGCUCGGCGGGGACGAAGAUGAUUUUCUCUAUGGAGAUCUCUCUGCAAGACCUGCCGGCGAAGUAAAACCUGAUCUUGAUCGGCGAGAGUCUCAUAGUUACUCGGAUACUGUUGACUAUGGGCCGGAUGACCAAGCUGACGAGAAAAAGGAACAGCCUCAAGAGGUAAAAUCUGAAGCAAAUGACAAAGUGAAGGGCGGGCACCCUGUACAGAACGGCACUCCUACGCAGCCGCUUCCCGGGGUACCCGCUGGAGCCAUUCCUGCAGGCGCGGCACCUCCUGCAAUGGCACAAAAGGCGUGGGGCGUGCCUCCUGCUGCAUCCAAUGCUAGCAGAGCAUUGUAUGUUGAAGAGUUGACUUGGUGGACUUCGGAUGAUGAUAUGAGAUUGGCCAUAAGCGAAGCUGGAGUGGUGGAUCAACUUGUACCUAACGAAUUAUCAUUUGCGGAGCACCGAGUCAACGGCAAGUCAAAAGGAAUUUGUUAUCUUCCGUUCGCCACCGCGGAGGCGGCCGCACGAGCCAAGGAAUUCUUUGAACAAAUGUAUGUCUGGUAUCAAGUUGUAGUUAAAGGUUUACCAAAAGUGGUGUGGAAUUUGUAUUGGUAUGGAUGUAUGCACAGUAUUCAAAUAUACUAUAUGAUUUUUUGUUUAUCAGCGAGAUCCACGGUCGCAAACCUGUCGUGAAGUGGGUUCCUGCGACACAGCACGGUAAUCCGUUUCGUACCGUUCCGAAGGAUCCCAAGGAGGUUAGAGCGGAGCAAGCCAUGAAGCGAACCAUACCCCAAACUGCCGGCGCGGCACCGACGGUAGCCGGUGUUCUUCCUGCCGCUCAGGCUGCAGUGAAUUCCGGAGGUUAUCCACCUGCGGCUGGCGCGGGUAUUGCAGGAAGGGGAGCCGCUACCGCUGGUCGAGGUCGAGGAUCAUAUCCCCCCGGGAACUAUGGUCGUGGAGCAUACAUGGGUGGAGGCCCAGGCUUUUUUGAGCCAGAAUUCUUUCCUCCACCACAUAUGAUGGGUGGUAUGGGCGGACCUUAUCCUGACCAACACGGCUUUAGAGGAGGCAUGGGGCGCGGAAUGCGAGGAGGCUAUGGUGGUGGCGGUCCUACUCGAAGCGACGCGUAUGGGCCGGGGUUUUUUGAACGCGGACCAUACCCCCCCGGUCCUUACUUUGAUGGUCCAGAUUACGAGUACGAUGGAUAUGGAUCGAGUGGUGGUUUUGGGAGAGGUGGCGGCGCUGGAAGGGGAUAUGGAAGACCUUAUCCACCUGGUCCCCGGGGCCCGCCAAGCUCUACCAGUCACGGACGUGAUGCGGCAUCGGAACUGGAUGGAGCUAAUGGGCACCGCCGCGUCCAAAGCCCGAGCGUGCAUCACGAUGAGGAAGGGGAAGCGCAGUCAACAGAGGGUAGAAGCAAACCCGAGCCUCCUGCUCAUUCCGAAAGCGAGCGUCGCAAGGACGAUGAACGAGGCGGAGAAGGAUCUGGGCCUUACCCUGGAAGCGAGGAUAUCUACGACAAGCGACCGUCUGUCACGUCAGCGCACAGUAGUAAUUAUCACUCUCGUGACGACCGUCGACCUUAUUACGAUGACCCAUAUUACGAACGGUAUGAUAGGCGUGGAGGAGGUGGCUAUCCAAGCCGAGAUUACGAUCGAGAAAGAGACAGAUAUCGCGAACGUGAUCGACGUAAGCCGGGAGCAGAGGUGUACGUGAAGGAACGAGCAACUGACGAUUACGAACGGAGAGAUAGCCACCGGGACUAUGAUCGAGAUUACGAUCGGAAACAACGGGAUCGUAGUUGGAGCAGAAGCAGGAGUCGUAGCCACAGUCGUGACAAGAGGAGCCGCAGUAGCAGGGGAAGGGACCGGAGGAGCGAAUAUGACCAAAGAGAAUCGGAUCCGUCUGCCCAGUUGGAUGCACCCAUCUCUCCUCCUGCAGACGCUGAGCCCAUGGCGAUCGACGAACGCGAAGGGAGUAGAAGCCGCGGGCGAAGCGCAUCACGCAGCAAAAGCCGAAGCCCAUCACCCGGCGACGACCAAAGUCAAAAAAGCGGUUCACCUCCACCAGAUCUAUCCGGCGACCCGACCGUAACCGACCUAACCUCCAAUACCCGCGACCGCAGCCAAUCCCAUAGCAGAAGCCGCAGCCGCAGCAGAAGCCGGCACCAUAAACGCAAAUCCCGCUCACACUCCCGUGAUGGCGGUGAACCCGACACAGCCGAUCCAUCCUCCAAACGCCGUAAAAGCAAACACAGCAAAAGCUCCCGUCGUCAUCAUAAAAGCUCUCGAAGCUCCCGGAGCUCUCGGAAGGAACGCGACGGCGAAAGAGAUCGGGAUCGAGAAAGGGAUGAUAGACGGGGUGAGAGGAAAGAAAGGGAGAGAGACAGAGAGCGGGAUUAAAAAAAUUGGUUGUAUGUUGUGUGUUGGGGAUUCGUAGGGGGACCCUCACCAUUUUUUUUGUGGGUUUUUGCUUUUGUUUUUCUGGUGUUGGGUUUUUUUGAGGUGUGCGCUUUUGGAGCAUGUCGAUAAAUAGUACUACUUUUCGUAUAAAGAUGAGUCUUGUUUGGUUUGUAUUGCUUGUGUGGUG